AUGGUUAAAAAGACUUGCCCAAAACACGAAGGUGUGCAGGCAAUAUACUUGUGUGGAAAUUAGGAUUGCAAAUUAGAUGGAUUUUUUUGUGAUUUAUGCACUAAAGAGGGAAAACAUUUAUAUCAUCGAAGCGAUUGGAUGGAAAUUUAAAAUUUGCAUUAAAAUCAAACUUAAGGUGAAUAAUAUACUGACCAAGCAGAUAUAUCUAGCCCAAACGAUAAUAACAAUCGUACUUUUCAUGAUAAUCUUUAUUAUUAGGGGAGUGUUUCAAAUCGUAACACGAUUAUGUACACUACGAUAGACUCAUUAGAAAACGAACACAUCAUUUCUGAACCAGAAGAUCUAAAAGAAUUUCUAAGUUUGGUAGAAGAGAAAGUUCUUAACAAGUUUCGCUCACUUAAAUCAUCUCUAUUAUAAAAAAUGAUAGAAUUUAAAAAUUAAUACCACCAUGUUAAUUAAAAUAUUUUAAAGAAGGAACUCUAAGAAAAGAAAAUAGCUUAAAAAGAAUACAACGAAAGAUUAGCAGAAUCAAAUAAUUAUUUAGGUAUCGAAACUAGCACCCUUCAUAAUUUACUUAUGACUACUUUACAGCUAAUUGAUAACACAACUCUUCAAAAAUUUAAUGACUAUGAUAAGCAGAAAGUUAAGAAUAGUGAGUUUAAAAACAAUAUUUAGAAAGAAAUAAAUUAUAACAAUAACAAUAAUAGCAAUAGCCAUAACCAUAGCAAAGAUAAUGUUGAUCCUAAGAUAGCAAAUGAUAAAAAGGGUAACUACCCUUACUACUAAUAAUUAUAGCAAUAAAUAUAACAACAACAGUAGUAUUAUCAAGACGCUUCUAUUUAUCACCAUCUUAAUUUCAGUGUUGCUCCAUUUUAUAAACCAACUUCCUAAAUUGAAUUCUUUAACAAUCAGAGCAUUAUAAAGUCUUAUAAUUCUGAUGAAGCUAUUAUUUCUUCUAAACCUCUUAAAUUUGAUAAAUCUUAUUAUUUGAAUUUUUCUAUAUCACCUAAUGGUGAAUCACCCACUUUUGGUGUUAUGUUAGUAUAGGAAGAUUGUAUUUAAGGUGAAAUAUGUUUUAUGCAUGAAGGAUAAAUAAGUUUUGUUAGUGAUCUAAAUGAAAAUACAGCAAGUCUUUCACUAAUGAAGCAAAAAGGCUCUAUAGUUAGACCUGCACAUGAUAUUUUCUGGAUAGAUAUUAAUUUGUCUCAAUACACUUUUAAUAUUUAUGACGAACAUAAGAAUAUGUUUUUUUAAAUUGAUAAAAGCAAGCCAAUUUUAAAUAAAAAGUAAAACUGGUACCUAGCCUUCCAUUUAUAUGACAUUACUUUGCAAAUUUUAUGA